AUGCUGGAAUGGGUUAUGAGCUCUUCAAGUCAGUAUCACACCCGGGCGGGUGUGGAGGGCUUGAGCUGCCAAAGAGGCCAGUACCACACCGGGGUGGGUGUGGAGGGUCCUCAACCGCUAAAGAGAGAGAGAAGUCCACACCGGGGUGGGUGUGGAGAAAUCUCCUCUUUCUACUUAAUAGCUUUCCCACAUUGGGGUGGGUGUGGGGAGUUCGCUCUCAGUCACUUGCAGGCUUUCCCACACCGGGGUGGGUGUGGGGGGCUCUUGGUGGGUGUGGCUUGCUCUACGUCGGAUGGGUGUGGCUUGCUCUACGUCGGAUGGGUGUGGCUUGCUCUACGUCGGAUGGGUGUGGCUUGCUCUACGUCGGAUGGGUGUGGCUUGCUCUACGUCGGAUGGGUGUGGCUUGCUCUACGUCGGAUGGGUGUGGCUUGCUCUACGUCGGAUGGGUGUGGCUUUCUCUACGUCGGAUGGGUGUGGCUUGCUCUACGUCGGAUGGGUGUGGCUUGCUCUACGUCGGAUGGGUGUGGCUUGCUCUACGUCCGAUGGGUGUGGCUUGCUCUACGUCCGAUGGGUGUGGCUUGCUCUACGUCCGAUGGGUGUGGCUUGCUCUACGUCCGAUGGGUGUGGCUUGCUCUACGUCCGAUGGGUGUGGCUUGCUCUACGUCGGAUGGGAUCUUUAGCCUCCGAGCACGGCAGUACCCGUAA